ACACGUAGACAUGGAGGGGAUAAACAGAGACGUCGCUGUUGACGUUGUGUACAUCUGAAUUAUUCGUGUAAAUAUCCGCGGAACACAGCGUCCAGGGCCAUCUUUAUUAAAUUAACUUGUAUUGUAUUGAAGCCACGUUCCUAAGGGGGAAGCUAAUGGUCUUGACAACAUGGACAGUGGCCUCAGUCCCCAGGAUAAAAAAGACUUGGACAAGUUCAUUAAGUUCUUUGCCUUGAAGACUGUCCAGGUGAUUGUCCAAGCUCGUCUUGGAGAGAAGAUCUGCACUCGCUCGUCGCCUACUGGCUCUGAUUGGUUUAAUUUGGCCAUCAAAGACAUCCCAGAAGUGACUCAUGAAGCCAAGAAGGCACUGGCUGGACAACUUCCAGGCAUCGGGCGCUCCAUGUGUGUCGAGAUCUCCCUGAAGACGUCAGAGGGUGACUCAAUGGAAUUGGAGACAUGGUGCCUGGAAAUGAAUGAAAAGUGUGAUAAAGACAUCAAGGUGUCAUAUACAGUCUACAACCGUCUGUCUGUCCUUCUGAAGUCUCUCCUGGCCAUCACCAGAGUAACACCCGCCUAUAAACUAUCCAGAAAGCAGGGUCACGACUAUGUUAUAUUAUACAGGAUCUACUUUGGGGAAGUCCAGCUCAGUGGAUUAGGAGAAGGUUUUCAGACGGUGCGUGUCGGCGUCGUUGGCACCCCUGUUGGCACUGUUACACUUUCAUGCGCAUACCGCACCAACCUGGCAUUCAUGUCCAACAGACAGUUCGAGCGGUCGGCUCCAAUCAUGGGGAUCAUCGUGGAUCACUUUGUGGAUCCUCCCGGCAGCGGCCAUCGUCCUGCCAACAUGGGGCAUCUCUGCAACUACAGAGCUCCGGAUGAUGACGAUGGAGGACAAUAUGCAGGGGUUCAAGAUUCACAGGAGGUCUGCACCACCUCCUUCUCCACCUCCCCUCCCUCACAGCUGUAUGCUUCCAGGUUAUCAUAUCAUCCUCCAGCUCAAGCAGGAGCUUCUGAGCUCUGUCACCCUGCUGCAAACCAGGUGUUGCAUGCUGGGAAGGAGCAUGGAGGGGUUGUGUUGGUUCCUGCCCAGCCUCCUCAUGGAGCUGAUGCUCAUCUGACAGCAGAGAACGCUGCCAACACACCUGGCAGCAGUGGUGACGAUGACGGGCUGACGCACAGCGGAGAGAGGAGGAGGGAUGAAGGGCGGAGGAGCGUUUCUCCCUCUGACCCUGUGGAGUCGCUCAACGCAUUCACGAGGAAGAUCGGAGCCUUCGUCAAUAAACCCAACACACCGAUCACAGCAGCCAGUCUGGACCUGCCAUUUGCUGCAUUUGCUCCUCGAGGCCUGGACUCAGAGGAGAAUGAUCCCAUGGUGCAGCCUCCAGACUCUCCUCCUUGCCCCUCACCCCUGCAGGCCAGCCUCCAUUCUCAGGGCUCAGAGGGAUCGGGGCAGCAUGAUGACUUUGUCAUGGUCGACUUUCGUCCAGCCUUCUCGAAAGACGACUUGUUGCCGAUGGAUCUGGGUACUUUCUACCGAGAGUUUCAAAACCCCCCUCAGCUGGCCAGCCUCUCACUACACAUCAGCGCCCAGUCGAUGGCCGAUGACCUGGACUCGCUGCCGGAGAAGCUGGCCGUUUAUGAGAAGAACAUCGACGAGUUUGACGCUUUUGUGGACAUGCUCCAAUAGAAGAGAAGCAAAGGACGACGUGUGAGAAAAGACUUAAUGGUUGGUGGCAAAUGAAGGAGGAAAAGAAAGAAUGAAAGGGAGAAGCAGACUGGAGGCUCUGUAGUCGUCUGUCCCGUGACAAUCGGUCAGACUAAAACACCAUAUUUUAAUGUGAAGCUCUUCAUUUCUGACAUUUUCCUCUCUCGCCUACCUGUCAGGCACGCUCACAUCGCUUGUACAGAUCACUGUAAAUACUGUCUUAUCUCCUACGACACUGGCGAACACCCCCCUCUGGUCUGGUCGUGUUCAUUUAAAGCUAAAAAUCUUUAUUUUCUAUGUGGCGCAGAUCUACUCACGUCAUCCGUAUUUAAUCAGGAUUAAAAAUCGAUCUUUAGACAGCCUUGUAAUUCAAAGACAGACUACCUACACUCAUAAUAGUUUUUGUGAAUCUAUCUCAAUAUAAUUAUUCCUCCACUGAACACUAUUAGCCUCUGAAUGUUUCCCCUACAUCAUGGCCUUUCUGUUCACACGACGUCUAGAAACCAAACCAGUUCCCUUUGUGUCAAAGGCUUUUUCUUCCAAACUGAUAACUAAUAAUAAUCAGUUUUGCACUUAGCCGUACAGAUGACACUAGCUCUUUGCAAAAGUGUUAUAAUUAAGGGAUGUCCUGCUUUGCAUUCUCACCAUUUACAGUCUUGUUUUAGAAGCAGUUGAGGGUUGCUCAAAGGCGAGUUUAAUUUGGAAGGCUGUCAUUCAGUUACCCUAGCAGGUCUGGGGAUUUACACUGCCAACCUAAAUGUGAGUAAAUGCCCCUAAUGGAAUAUAAACUGAAUUAAAUGCCAACCUUACAUGCUCAGAAAAACUAUUUAGUAACUUGUUGAACUACAUUCUGUUGCCAACUUAUAUUAUACUGCAUUAGUUCACGCUACCGAAUGGCAACUGAGUGUAUUAAAACAUGCAUAUUUAUAUAUAUAUAUUUUUGGUGGGAUAAACACAUUUCCAGCUGUCUGCAGAAGAAGCCGGGGUCACCAUCCAUGACUGUUGGUGUUUGGUUGAAAGCUUUAAUUUAAACUUUUCUUUGCCGUUGGUCUAGAUGUCCUAAUAAAGCAUGGCUGCUCUGUUGAAACAACUGAUGUUUGUCAAAUAACUGGGGACACAAAUGUGUAUGCACA